AUGAAAUCAUUUUUGGAAAAAUAAAGAUCCAAUUAUUUUCAAAAAUAAAAGAUUAUUAAUUAUCAUAAUCAAAUUCAAAUAGUUCAAUAAAUAGUCACUUAAUAAUUAUUAGAAUGCCCAAUAUGUAUGGAUUUUUUUGUAAAUCCUGUACAAACAACUUGUGGUCAUACAUUUUGUGAAAUAUGUUUAACAGAAUCUUUAUUAAAAAAGAAUAUUUGUUCUAUUUGUAAGGCUGAUACUAUUAGCUAUAGUUAUUCACCUAAUAAGCUUUUAAGUUAUUUAGUAUUUAAGUUUGUAAAUUAAUAUCAUGAUAAAAAAAUAAUAUACAAGUUUUAUUAACAAGUAAAUAAAUUUUUAAAAUGGAACAAUGAAAGAAGAGUGACUGAUAUAUAACUAAAUUAAACAAUAGAUGUUAUAGAUAAAUUAAAUAUAUGGUGUAAAGCGGAAGGAUGGAGUAGUAAAUAUGAUGAAAUUAUUAGUCUAGGUUCUUAUAGAUUAGCCUAAAGUGGUUUUUUUACUAAAAGAAAAAAUAUUCCAUCAUACAAUUUAUAAAAUUCAGAAAACUAGUAAGGAGCAUUAUAAGCUGUUUUAUCUUAUGGAGAUGAUGUAGAUAAUGAAGAAAACUCUAGUUAAGAUGAAGAUAGUAAAUAUGUAGUAUUAAGUGAUAAAGAUGAUAUAUAUGUAAGUUAAGGAAGCUUAAAUGAAAUAUAAGAUAAAUAAAAGAAAAAACGAAGAAUAAAAAGAGAUUAGGAUGACGAAGAAAACGGAGAUUUAAUAUUUAAAAAAAUAUUUAUUAAUAAUAAUGAAUAAAUAUAAUACUUUUAAUAAAUAUAAAAGGAAUUUAAUAAAAAAGUUUUUGGUAUUGAAAUUGAAGAAUGA